AUGUCUCCCGAAGUUAAGCAAGAAAUAAUUGUUGACAUAUCCCGGAAUCGCCAGAUGUCAAUCAACUUUGAUAUUAUUUUCCCGUUCAUUCCUUGCUAUGUUCUUUCCGUCGAUUCGAUGGAUGUAUCUGGUGAACAGCAUUCAGCAAUAACGAAAGAAAUAAAUAAAACUCGCGUUGCAUCCGACGGGCGCCUCAUUGAAACCGAGGCCUAUCGUCUCCGUGGUUGGGGUGUCCCUAACCCAGACAUGUUCGAGCAGUGCAAGGACGAGAAAACUGCUGGAAGUCUUGUCGCCAUUGGAAAGGAGGGUUGUCGUCUUGCUGGUCACAUUGACGUGAAUAAAGUUGCUGGUGCUUUCCAUAUCGCACCUGGAAAAAGCUACGGUCAAGGCCAUAUCCACGUCCAUGAUCUCAUGGCCUUUUCCGGAGAGCAGUUUCCGUUGAGCCAUGAAAUCCGGCAUCUGAGUUUUGGGGACACUUAUCCUGGUCAGGUAAACCCACUGGACAACACUAACAUGACUGUUGACGCAGCAUCACCGAUGAUUUCAUACUUCAUCAAAUUGGUGCCUACGAUCUACUCAGACUACUCGGCUACACCCCUCGUGACCAAUCAGUACUCAGUUACUUGGCAAAUCAAAUCAACCCCAUUGAGCGGAGGCUCGGAAGGCAUUCCUGGAGUCUUCUUCAACUACCAAAUCAGUCCACUUCUGGUUAAACUCACCAAGGAACGAAAGUCCUUUCUGUAUUUCUUGACAAACACAUGCGCCAUCGUCGGUGGAGUCUAUACAGUUGCUGGCCUUUUGGAUGCCUUUGUCUACCGCUCCUCCUGUCUCCUGGCUAAGCUGCAUUAA